AUGUUUACACCAAUCGGAUGCUUCGCGGACGUAGCAUGUCCCCGAGGCAAAGAGUGCACUUUGCUCAAAUGCUUGUUCCUACACUCGGAUGAUUCGAUUGAGGCAAGCGCGCAGGAAGUGUUUCAGACCGACAAUGAUCCACCUGCUAAAAGGCUCAAACAAGAGAACAAGAUUGAAGACCCGUCCAAUGCUCCCAAGAAAGCGCUUGAUACGAGGAGCUCGGCCUCGAAGUUGCCCACCCCCAAUCGUCCAGCUACAACCCAUGGCUCCCCCAAUGUCCAAUCUACUAUGCAGAAGAGCGCAAAGCCAAGCGUGGCGACUCCGGCGGGAUCAUCAAGAUCCGCAGAACCAGAGCCAAAGAAGCCAAAUGGUAUCCCUGAGGUUGCCAAACUUCCCCCACGCCAGGCUCCAAAAGAAACUCUCAAUCCGCGCAUGCUCAAAUCCGCGCCUGCGGCACAUUCCGUUCGAACUGCAAUUCUCAAAAAGCUACAUGCCUCCAUUACAUCCCUGAAUGAGAAGCUACGCAAAGAAAAGAGCGGCACAAAUCAAUGCUUCGUCCUGACCUCUGACGAGAUCAUAACAAUGUCCCUAGACGAAGAGGAAAAGUGCGCAAGGGAACAUCCAGGAGUCUAUGGAAAUGUCAUCAAGCUUCGCAUCGUGAAACUCACCAAAUUGGACAUUGAGUCUUGGGUCAAGGAGGUAAUGGCUUAUUUGAAUGGGCGAUAUUACAAGAUUAACCCCGUCGGAAAGCCUGCGUCGGGGCCUAAGCCUAUCGAAACAGGGCUUACCCCUACAGAAGAAAUCGCAUUUCUACCCAAGCUUCUCACGCCCAUCACUGGCCUCGAGGCACACGGAUAUGUCACAAAGGCCCCAACCCAGGCAGAAAUAGACGCCGCUCAAAGAGGCGUCGACGAGUCCAGAGGCUGGGAGAAGUGUGAUCGAUGUGGUCAACGGUUCCAGGUGUUCCCAGGUCGCCGAGACGAUGGCACGCUGACCACUGGCGGCUCAUGCACCUAUCAUGCAGGGCGAGCCGUUCACCCCCGAGGCAAGAAGACAGACCAUGUCACAGGUUCUGCACAGCCAUAUUUCCCCUGCUGCAACCAAUCCAUUGGCGCCUCUACCGGUUGUACCAAUGCCAGCACGCAUGUCUUCAAAGUGUCAGAAGCCAAACGGCUUGCAUCCAUACUCCAGUUCGAGACAACCCCGCUCCAGCCCAACAAAGGGCCUCGGGAACCAGUCUCACUUGAUUGCGAGAUGGGCUACACAACACAGGGCCUGGAGUUGAUUCGCCUCACUGCCGUCAGCUGGCCGGCAGGUCGCAACUUGCUUGACGUGCUCGUUCGACCUAUGGGUGAAAUCUUGGAUUUUAAUACGCGCUUUUCUGGAGUCUCAUCGCAAGACUUUGCCUCUGCCAAACCCUACGAUGCCUCGGCGCGUAGCUCAAAUCGACCUACUGAUGGUGAGAGCAAGACAACCUCGCCUUUGCAACUAGUGCAGUCGCCUACAGAGGCCCGGGGGUUACUUUUAAACCUUCUUCAGCCCGAGACACCUCUGAUUGGCCAUGCCAUCGAAAACGACUUGAAUGUUUGCCGACUCAUUCAUCCCACCAUCAUCGACACUGUUCUUCUGUAUCCGCAUCCCAGGGGUCUCCCUAUCCGCCACAGCCUCAAGGUGCUUGUACAGAAACAACUUGGUCGCGAAAUCCAGGUUGGACAAAAUGGACAUGACUCGAAGGAGGACUCGAUCGCUACGGGUGACCUGGUGAGGGCGAAGCUAGCCACCAAAUGGAAGAUACAUCAGAAGGCAGGUUGGAAAAUGAAGGAUAAUCAACUGAUUCCUCCACCUGGACAUCAAUAG